AUGUCUAAACAAUUCCUCUUGGCAUCGAUAAACAGCUUUGGGCAGCUCCACUACCAAGAUGUGAGCACUGGUGAAAUGGUUGCAAAUUACAGGACUGGUCUGGGCUGUACCGAUGUUAUACAGGCCAAUCCUUGCAAUGCUGUCAUUGCCCUUGGGCAUGCUGGUGGCAAAGUUACCAUGUGGAAGCCAACCAGCGUGAAACCCCUUGUUACCAUGCUGUGUCAUCAUGGCCCGGUGACUGCUGUUGCAUUUGACAGGGGAGGCCACCUUAUGGCGACAACAGGUGUUGACAGGAAGAUAAAGAUCUGGGACCUGAGGAAGUAUGAGGGCUAUCAAGUCGGGAAGGUUUCGUUCUGCCCGUAUGAAGAUAUUCUGGGGUUUGGGCACUCGAUGGGCUUUUCUUCCAUCCUUGUUCCAGGAUCUGGUGAGCUGAACUUUGAUACCUUUGUUGACAACCCCAUGGAAACUACCAAGUAG